GUCUGACUGCGUCCUCUGUCGGUGGUGCAGGUGUCGGCAGCAGCCCCAGCAGUCAGUGGGAUUUUUGGGGAAGCACGUUGGUGACAAGCUCGUACGUGCGACUCACUCCAGACGAGAGGAGCAAGCAGGGAUCCAUCUGGAACACCGUGCCGUGUUACCUGAAGGACUGGGAGAUGCACGUGCAGUUUAAAGUUCACGGGUCAGGAAAGAAGAAUCUCCACGGCGACGGCAUCGCGGUGUGGUACACGAAGGACCGCCUGCAUCCAGGCCCCGUGUUUGGAAACCAAGAUCGCUUUCAUGGCCUGGCUAUUUUUGUGGAUACCUUCCGCAAUGACCUCCAUGGGAUGGAUCGUUCCUUCCCGUACAUUUCAGCCAUGGUGAACAACGGCUCAGUGAACUACGACCACGGCAAAGACGGCCGCUCGUCGGAGCUGGGAGGCUGCUCGGCCGAGAUCAGGAACAGAGAGCACGACACAUACCUCGCCAUCCGUUACUCCAAAGGAAGACUCACC